AUGAAUACUUUAUCAACUUUCCAACUAGAUCAUCUUAUAUCAGCUUUUAAACAACAACAGAUUGCCUUUCGGAGAAGUACAGCAAGUGAUUUUAACAAUUUAUCAAAAAUACAAAAAAAUGUUUUCUUAGCACUUCAAGGAAUUGACAAUUUCAUAGUAACAGGACCUUCCACUAUGACAUUUAAAGAGUCUCAGCAAGUCUAUGCUGAAAUACUGUUUAUAUCGCAGUAUUUAGGCAUAAGACGUGUCAUGGAAACCAAUAUAAUUGGAUUUGCUGAUCGAUGCAAAAGCCUUAAUCUUGAAUUUAUGUUGAAAGAUUUCAUAGAUGCUGGUUUAUUAGAAUUCCUUUAUUCGCAAUUUUCUUCCACUUCCAGAUGUUUAUUAAGUAAAUUAAUUCGAUGGAAAAUUUGUAAUUCCAUGAUUGGAAAAGAAGUAAAUUUAUGUAAAAUCAUAAAUUCCAUAAAAGAGUCAAUUGGCAGUUUUUUACCGUUAGAAUGUCCUUUAUGGCCAAAAGUGAUCUGUAUAAUUUCUGAUAAUCAACAAAAAUUAUUAGAUAUUACAACUAGCCCAGGUGUAUAUUCUGAAUACAGCCGAUUUUUUAAUAUACAGAGAAUUAUCAAAGCACCUCAAAUAUAUGUUGAUCGUGAAUUUUCAUAUUUUCCAUUUCGUAAUAAACAAAAUUUAACUGAUCAAGCUACGUUUCAUCAAUUUUCUGUAUCUGCUAAAAAAAUCAAUUGUGUGGCUAUUUCUUUAGAAAAAUCAUUAGUACAAACACAGAACUUCCAUUCUAAAGUAAAUAUAGAUAAUAGUAAUUACAUCAGCUACCACUAUUUGAGAAUAGCAGACUCAGUAGAUUUCACAGAUAAUUUUCAAAAUAUAACAGACCGGCAAUCUAUAUUAAUAAUUGCUAAAAUUAAACCUUGUAAAUGA